AUGGAAGGAGAGGCUUUGACAUGGGAUACACGUUUAAAAAUAGCCAUAGAAGCAGCUCAAGGACUUACCUUUUUGCAUAACUCUGAGAAGAGUGUUAUCUACAGAGACUUCAAAGCUUCCAAUAUUCUUCUUGAUUCUAACUUCAACGCCAAGCUUUCUGACUUCGGACUAGCCAAGCUUGGUCCAAUUAAUGGAUUCUCUCACGUCACCACACGUGUCAUGGGCACACAUGGUUAUGCGGCUCCCGAGUACAUGGCUACAGGUCAUCUAUAUGUGCGGAGUGAUGUAUACGGAUUUGGAGUGGUACUCUUAGAGCUUUUAACCGGUUUAAGAGCACUAGACCCAACCCGACCAUCUGCGCAACAGAAUCUCGUGGAAUGGGCUAAACCGGUUUUGAGCCAAAAGAAGAAGAUUCAGAAAAUGAUGGACCCACGGCUCGAACACAAGUAUCCACUUUUGGCUGUGGUCAGAAUCGCCGCACUCAUUUUACGGUGUCUCGAGGCUGACCCGAAGAACCGACCGCCCAUGGAUGAUGUACUCAGAGAACUAGAAAUCGUAAGAACUAUCAGAGAGGAACCAAAAGGAGAGAGACGUAAACGAGGCAAUGGUGGUUCAGAUAAUAACCGGGUUAGUGGACGUGGUUUACCGCACGUCCGUAGAACCGGUCGUACUGGAUAG